AAGGCUCCUGCUUAAACAGUAACACUGAGCCUUCUGUCUAGCAAGUUAGAUCAUGAUCAUAAUAAAUUCAGAGUCACUUCAUUUCCUUCAUUCAUAGCUAUAUAUCAUCUUCUCUCUUUCUCUCCAACUCAAAAGCUUCAAUCAUGGCAGAAAAUCUUGAUCAGCAGUCCCAUGUGCCCCAACAAAACAGAAGAAACAAGCUUAGAAUCACCACUCAUACCACCCAAGAACAACCCUCAACUUCACCAAGCUUUCAAACAACACCAAAUUCACUUUAUCAACUCAACCAGCCAACAAUAUCACCAUCUUCUUCUUCUUCAUCACAAAUCCUGUUCCCCGGCUGUGUCCAAAGCUUCUUAACUGAUUUUAACCACCAGCCCUUUCCACCACUUCACCCUUUUCCUUUAAACUUCAAUGCACAACAAUAUGAUCCAGUUUCAGGUUUUGCGGAUUUAUUGAAGCUCAGAGGUGAUGUUAGAAGUUUGGUUCCUUUAGGUCCAUUUACAGGCUACGCUUCCAUAUUGAUGCGUUCAAAGUUCUUAAGGCCUGCACAGCAUAUUUUAGAUGACUUUUGUGGUAGUGUAUAUUUUCAAGCUUCAGACUUUCAAAUGGAUGGUUUUACUGACAGUGCAGUUCUUAGAGAUUUCAUUGCCUUUAGUAACAGAGUUGAUCGUUCAUGGAAGAACUCCAAGCUGAUCAUGAUGCUGGAAGAGGUUUACAGGAAAUACAAGCUAUACUGCCAACAGAUGCAAUCAGUUGUUGCCUCGUUUGAAACUGUGGCCGGUCUUGGAAAUGCAGCUCCAUACAUAUCAUUUGCUUUGAAUGCCAUAUCUAAGCAUUUUAGUUGCCUGAAGAAUGCCAUAAUGGACCAAAUUGUGGUUUCUGGCAAAACUCUUGGUGAUGGAAUUUUCAGCAAAGACUCUAUUCCAGGGCCUGGGACUGCUGAAUCAAGUUUCGGUAGCCAAAAUUUGGGCUUUCUUCAGCGUCCUGUCUGGCGAUCUCAGAGAGGACUUCCAGAUUAUGCAUUAUCUGUGCUCAGAGCAUGGCUCUUUGAUAACUUUCUGAACCCUUAUCCUUCCGAUUCAGAAAAGCAAAUGUUGGCCCGGCAGACUGGUCUAUCGAGGACUCAGGUUUCCAAUUGGUUCAUUAAUGCAAGAGUAAGAGUGUGGAAGCCAAUGGUGGAAGAGAUGGAUCUGCUUGAUCAAGAACAGAGAGCUCAAGGACCAUCAUCGGAAGCUGUAAAUGCUGAUGAUGUUCAUAUGACAUCUCAUCAACUAAACAGAAGCGCUUCUGAGAUAUUCCCUCUACCCUCACAAAGCGAAAAGGCUCAACAAGCUCCAACUAAACGCCGUAGGAAUAAAUGUGCCCAAAUGUCUGAGAAGAACGAGGAAGACAAGCAUGCAACUCACAGUGAUUUGUCUAGCGUUCAUCACAUUGGUUGUGGCAGUGGAAGCAGUGGUGUUUCUCUAGCAUUGGGGCUCCACCAGAACGAUGGAAAUGAGUUGUCUCGGCCCUUCCCUGUAACCAUUCCGCGCCAUUUCAACCUUGAAAUGGAUGUUGCGAUGGAUAUUACAGCAGGAUUUGAAGCUCAAAAUCACCAAUCUUGAAAAGGAUAUCAAAGGGAGGUUAAGCUAAUGCAUUUGACUACUUACAUUGCCUGAAAUUAAUUUCUUUUUACUUAGUUGUGUUCUAGCAAAAUCUUGAUCGAUCAUACAAGUUGUUAUCAACCAUGAAUAAAUUAGACAAACUAGGAUUGUGGGAAUUCUCUUUGUUUUACUUCAUGGAACAGGAUUUUGCUAGACUUUCUUAGAACUCCUUACUGCCUCUGAUGGGCUCUAUGUUAAAUGGAACUGCGACUUCUUAGUG